AUUUGAUGCCUCAAUUUUAAAAUUGCUUCCCAUAAUACACGGGUAACAGUCCCGCGGUCGGUCGAUAUCAUGAAUGAACAUCUAUUCUCGGAUUUGGCACCGCGGAUGGGAAACCCGGUCAGGGUCAUUUCCGAUGCCUCGGCCCCUCUUUGAAGCGGGCAAGGCGGGCUACUACUUAUUUCCGAGCGCCGUCGGAGCAGUCCCCUAAAGAUGUUUGAAGAUGGUCACAGUUCAACAAGCCAGCGACUCUCCAACUGGGAAGAAUUGCUCUAGGAUCUAUAUUGUUGCGAAACCUUGUGUUCUCAAGGCAACCUGAGAAUACCCUCGGAUACUGAAAUCCAGACUCGAAUACGUUGAUUUGACGGCAAGACUCGAUGCUUGGGUAAACCCAGUGCAUCGCAAAUAGUCCACUCUUACUCGUUGCUUGCGCCCAGACAAAAGCAACUGCACAACUACAUCAUUGCAACAAUGACUGCAUCGUCUCCCCCCGCGCCCAAACCUACCGCCGCUGGCGGCCCUCCAGCCGAGCUGACCCCGCCCUUUCACCACAUCCCAGGCCUACCAAAUUUUAGGGACAUUGGAGGUUACGCCGCAGCAGCAGCAGCAGAUGCAGCAGAUGCAUCCGGCCAACAGCAGCAGCAGCAACAUGGCCAAAAGCUCUUUAGACGUAACCUGGUCUUCCGGGCGUCGGAGCCGUCCAAGCUGACUGACGAGGGUGUAGCAAAGCUGCAGGAACUGGGCAUCACGCACGUGUUCGACCUCCGCUCUGCUGACGAGGUGAAGUCCCGCGAGGGCUGGGUCGGCUCCAAAAUCAGGGAGUGGGAUGGCGCGCAGAGGGUGUUUGCGCCAGUAUUUACUGAGGAGGAUUACAGCCCAGAGGCCAUUGCCAGGAGGUGGGGCCAGUUUAGCGAGGGGGACACGGGCUUCGUCCUAGCCUACGAGCGCAUCCUAGAGGUCGGUGCGCAUGCGGACCACCCUUAUGCGCCCUUCCGCACCAUCCUCGCCCACCUCGCCAGCGAGGAAGAGCCGACGCCCAUUCUGGUCCACUGCAGCGCGGGCAAGGACCGGACGGGCAUCAUAUGCGCCCUGCUGCUCAGCCUGGCGGGCGUUGAGGAUGAGGUCAUCGCCCACGAGUACAAUCUGACCGAGGUCGGGCUGAGCCAGCGCAAGCAGGAGUUUGUCGAGGCUCUCAUCAAGGCUGGGCCCCUCAAGGGUCAGAGGGACAAGGCCGAGAGGAUGGUCAGUGCGCGGAAAGAAGCUAUGCGCGCUACCUUGACCAUGUUGCGCGCAAAGUACGGCUCCGUUGAGCGUUACGCCACCGAGGUCUGCGGCAUGUCCGCGGAAGCGCUUCAGCGGCUGCGGAAAAACAUCCUUGUGGAGGCCGGAAGCAGUGGCGAACAGCCCAUGGACUGGAAGAAGCAUGCCGAGUAUGUGGCGGCUUUACCUGGAAACACCGAGGCCUGAUGAAUGGUAGACUUAGACUUGAAGGCUGCCAGAUGGCAUCUGCUCAUGCGAGCUCAUAUAGAAUUUGGUAUAUAUCUCGUGGUACAAUUUUGAAACAUAUGCUACAGAGCUCACUUGG